CACUUCCUCCAAGAGAACCUACGCCCGAACCAGUGUGCCUCAGUCAAGCAGAGUUAGACGUCAGUAGUCAUUUCAGGGUCUUAUUGCGCUCACAAUUACGUGUCCAGGCCUAUGCAAGCUGCCUCCUGGAGAUAGAUGACUUGGAAUCGGAUUUAGGCUGACUUUCGGAGUUUGCCCUAUAGCCGUGACACGGGAUUAUUUGAACUUUUAUCGGCGCUUGGCCAUACAUCAUGUACACUGUCAUUGGUCUAUGAAUAAAUUCAUCAAGGGCUUGACCGCUGCGGUUCCCAAGCAUCUGAACAACCAAUGGCCAACUCUUGAAUUUCAUUGAACCAGAGGACCUGAAUUUGUCACGCCGUGACCAUAUAUGUACCCUUGCUGCAUAGGUUUUUCUUCUCAUACACUUGCAACGCCUUCGGUCAUCCUGUGCCAAAAGACUUCGUAGUCUAUGCUUUCAGUUGUUUUAGCUUGAUGACCACUUCUCCAAAUCAAGCCAACCCAGAUACAAGCGAGACCACGACUAGCGCUAAAAAGCACUGGAUAGAUCAUCUGCAUCAUGCAGGAUGGACAGUAUUUCGUCACGCACAGAAGCACACAGGCGUAGGCAUCGUGUGUUCUGUUGCAUACUUUGACCCUGGCAAUUGGGGAGUCGAUCUUCAGGCAGGGUCACAAUAUGGCUAUAGCCUUCUCUUCGUCGUACUUUUGUCAGGACUAUUUGCUGCAUUUCUUCAAGUUCUUGCCUGUCGGCUUGGGGUUGUUACUGGCCUUGACCUCGCAUCACACUGCCGCAUGCUCUUCUACGAUCGACCACGUCAUAAGAAACUUUGGCGAUGGGGAGUGCUUUACCCACUUUACGUGCUCUCCGAAUUAGCAAUCGUCAGCACUGACCUUGCCGAGCUCCUUGGCUCUGCAAUAGCACUCUCUCUUCUCUUUCCAGCGCUUCCACUUUGGGGCGGUGUUCUGGUAACAGGCGCCGAUGUCUUAUUAGUACUUGCUCUCGGCAACCCUCUUCAUGCCAGGCCAGCCAAAGUAUUUGAGUGGAUAAUCGCUGCACUCGUGUUUGCUGUGCUAAUUUGCAUGGCGGUGAUUAUCGGGAAGAUCGAUAUUGCCUGGGGUCCAGCCUUCGAUGGAUUCGUUCCUUCUAAGACAAUUUUUGCCAGCGGCGCUCUCUAUACAUCCGUUGGAAUCCUUGGCGCCACUGUUAUGCCCCAUAGUUUAUUCUUGGGUUCGCAUCUGGCAACCCAAGAUAGGCUGUCCAAAAAGUCGCUUGACCCAGCUUCUCCGCUUUCCGACAAAUCUCGAGAACUAGAGUUAACAGAGGUCGUAUUAAGGCCCGAGCGUUUACAAUCCUUAGGACGAGCGAUUUGGCGACAACUCCGGUCGUGGUUUGUAGUAUCUCGCUCCGACUUAGAAGCGUUGGAUGCCCGUCCGAAGUCUCACAAACAUAGAGAGAACAAUCCCUUAGAAUUUGUACAAUCUCAUUUGUACCACGCCAUGGUCGAUGUAGUCUCCAGUCUGCUAGGUUUCGCCGUCAUAAUCAAUGCCCUUAUACUAAUUCUCGCCAGCGCCGUCUUCUAUUACGGAUCAGGAGCGUAUGGAUCUGAAUCUCCAGCUAGCUUAUUUGAUGCCCAUACUUUGAUAAGCAAUACGAUUGGCCAAGCUGCUGCAUUACUCUUUGCGUUCGCUCUACUUGCAUCGGGCCAAAGUGCUUCUCUUAUUGCCACUGUAGCAGGGCAAAGUGUCUCUGAAGGAUUCCUGAACUGGAGAGUUUCGCCCGUUGUACGGCGCCUUGUGACGCGUCUGAUCGGACUGAUACCUUCUAUGGUCGUUGCCAUCGUCGUGGGACCAAAUGGCGUCAACUUCUUGCUUGUUUUAAGUCAAGUUAUCUUGUCGAUAAUCCUCCCAUUCAUCAUAUUCCCACUGAUAUACCUCACCUCAUCCUCGCGCAUCAUGCGAGUACGCAACACGGCUCCCAAACACGCGGUCAUCAGUCCUGCCGCGGAACCUUCCUCCCCGCCUGGUCUCACAUCUUCAGAUGGGGACCCGGAGAUGAUUCAGACUGAGGACUUCGUGGACUUCAGCAGCGGGAAGUUCAUGUCUUCGCUCGGGUGGUUGAUAUGGUUGGUGAUUUUGGCAGCUAAUGUGUACGUGAUUGUAACUCUGGGCAUGGGGCAAGGUGGCUGA